AUGUACGAAUAUCGCGCAGUGGACUUGGCUGUCGACACGGGAUCUGCGCUGGCUUCAAAAGCCGGGGCUUUUGCGACCGCUCUCGAGUACACCGACGAACAGGCCACUACCCCCACAGCUGCAUCCCGGCACCGUGGUCGGGGGACGAGUAUCUCGCAGCACUCCGACCGUCUCAAUCAAUCUCCCUUGAAAAUGGCGACUAGCUAUGCGGUUAGCCCUGAGCCUCCCGCGCUGUUCGUGCGGGCCAUGUAUGAUUACGAUGCCGAUGACCAUACGAGUUUGAGCUUCCGACGUGGCGAUAUUAUUCAAGUACUCAAUCAAUUAGACACCGGGUGGUGGGAUGGAGUUAUUGAUAAUGUUCGUGGUUGGUUCCCCAGUAACUACUGCACAAUCAUCACAGAGGCAGACGAUUUCGGCGAACACAUGGUGUAUGGCCAUGACGAUACCGACCUUAGCGCAGAAUCGGGAUUGGAAGAUGAGUACGGGAAUGGACACGACGAGGAUGACGAGCUGGACUCAGAAGGGAACCCGCGCGAUUCACAGCCCAUGUUACCGAUCGAAGGUGUCCCGGGCAAACAGGAGCAAGAGGAAGCUGCAUUUUGGAUCCCGCAAGCCACACCCGACGGUCGUCUCUUCUAUUUCAAUACCUUGACUGGAUAUUCGACCAUGGAAUUGCCCUUCGAGAACCCUACCUCUGCGACUGAAAACGGCCCUCGAGACCGAUCCAACUUUUUCGUCCCCGACCAGACGCGACCACCUCCCGAGUUGAUGGCACGGGGAUUUGAGAGAGAGGAAGAUGAUUACGAUGGCUCCGCCUCUGAAGCUGAAGGAGAGUCGUUGAUGUUGACUUCGCAUGACUCCAUCUCUCGCCGCCGCCGAUCUCUUAUGGACGGAGUGUCACCCGCCACCUCUAUGGAUUCUCUGUACCCCCCAGGGCCUAAAGAUUUCAAACUACCGUAUGCCAACAAAAGUCCUCAGCCGUCAUACAGCAGCGCAGGAGGGACCAGUGCCAACACCUCCGUUGUCGAAAUCAUCUCUCGGCCCUCUAUUUCCUCCAAUACCCCCGCGCGCUUUGUCGAUGACGGCUUUAUUCCGCCUGUUACAUGGCCCACCUUGGUAGACAACAUGCGACAUGCCGUUGAGGCCUACCGCCAGACUCUUCUUGCCGGUGAAAGAUCAGAGUACGUGAGAAAGGCCGAAGAUAUCUCGGAUCAUCUGCGUAUGCUCUUAGCGGCCGGCUCAGACACCACGGACAAUCAUUCCGGAAAUCCAUCUAUCAUAUCCACGAACAAGGCGCUUUAUCCCUACUUCCGAGAUAUGAUGUCGAAAUUCUCUAAAUUGGUUUUGUCAUCACAUAUCGCUGCUGCUGACUGGCCUGGUUCGGAUUCAGUCAACAAAUGCUUGCAAGAGGCCGAUGGGGUCAUGCAGGGCGUGUAUGGCUAUGUAGAUGUUGCUCGCCAGCAGCGCGGGGAGCAAAUACACAGAAUCGUCCCUGGCUUUGUUAGUGGUAGUUCCUGCGGCGGAAGCUGGCAGAACAAUGGGGUUUCUUUGAAUACAUCCGGCCCGACAUCUUUCCUGGUCCCAGAGGGCGGCGAUUCUCGAGCUGAGCCUUCGGUCUCCCUCGACACUCCUCUUCUAGAUCACAUCGAUAUCCUCAGGAGGUCCUUUGUUGGUUGUAUUCGUCGACUGGAAGAGCGAUUGACAUUGAAUCGAAAGAUUGUCACCGUGAGAGAACAUGCGGAAAUUGCAGAUGCUGUUUCGUCAGCUGCCAUGAAAGUUGUUGAACAGUUUCGUCCAUGGAUCUCAACUGUUGAGUCAAUCAAUCUUGUUCCACUCGGCACAAGUUUCCAGAACCCCCAACUUGUGGACUUCAGCCUACAGAAGCAGAGAGUCUACGAUGGCAUUGGUGAUUUUAUCUUGAGCUGCCAGGCAGUAUCAGCUCCUCUUCCCGACGAAUGGGCGGAGCUUCGUGGAGAUUCCCUUGAUGACCGAAUCACUGCUGUCCGAAGCGUCGCAAAACAGCUGGAAAAUUAUGUGUCGCAGAUCGGGUUCUCCUUAUCACUACUCCUUGAACAAAUUCCCGACGACCAAUCAUCCGUUACUCGUGUCGAUAGCCGCCUGGAAGAGGAAGAUGAGUCUCACAACAAAAAUGCCCACAGUCGUGCUGAUUCUCAAGCCACCAAGGUUUCCUCCGAGUCCAUUGGCAUUCCGUCAUCUUAUGCUCUCGGCAAGGAGCCUGGCAAGGUUCGCCGUAAUAUGGAUAAAGCUCAGAGGUUCUUUGGACAAGCACCGCCUACAACUGUCACGCGUGAGCCUGUUCAGCGGGAACCCAUGAGAGAACCUGAGGAGACUCCGUGGUUUUUGAAGAUGGACCACGAGGGUGAAGUGUUCCAUGAUACCAAGGGCGAUACACCGAUCUUGAAGUGCGGUACACUGGCAGGUCUGGUUGAACACCUUACGCGCCAUGACAAACUCGACGCAUCUUUCAACAACACCUUCCUACUCACCUACCGCUCUUUCACUACCGCCUCCGAACUUUUCGAGAUGAUUGUCCAGCGCUUUAAUAUACAACCUCCUUUCGGCUUGAACUCAGAUGACAUGCAAAUGUGGAUCGAUCGUAAACAAAAACCAAUCAGAUUCCGAGUGGUCAAUAUUCUCAAGAGCUGGUUUGAUCACUUUUGGAUGGAACCGAACGAUGAAGUAAACAUGGAUCUUUUACGACGCGUCCAUGCAUUUACUAAAGACUCGAUUGCUACAACUAAAACGCCAGGCUGUCCCACACUUCUUGCCGUUAUUGAGCAACGACUUCGCGGUCAAGACACAACCGUGAAGCGCCUUGUUCCUACUCAAAAUACAGCCGCCCCGCCAUCAAUUAUUCCAAAGAAUAUGAAGAAAUUGAAGUUCCUGGAUAUCGAUCCAACGGAGUUUGCGCGACAAUUGACCAUUAUAGAGUCCCGUCUUUACUCUAAGAUUCGACCCACUGAGUGUUUAAAUAAGACCUGGCAGAAGAAGGUUGGGCCUGAUGAGCCUGAGCCUGCUUCUAAUGUUAAGGCCUUGAUUCUUCAUUCCAAUCAGUUGACCAAUUGGGUCGCUGAGAUGAUCUUGACACAAGGUGAUGUCAAGAAGCGCGUGGUCGUCAUAAAGCAUUUUGUCAAUGUUGCAGAGAAAUGUCGCACCCUCAACAAUUAUUCCACUUUGACUUCUAUCAUAUCUGCUCUUGGAACUGCCCCAAUUCAUCGGCUGGGCCGAACAUGGGGCCAAGUCAGUGGCCGUACUUCUGCAAUUUUAGAGCAGAUGCGCCGACUGAUGGCGAGUACUAAGAACUUUGGCGAGUAUCGCGAGACUUUACAUCUCGCCAACCCUCCUUGUAUUCCCUUCUUUGGUGUUUAUCUUACCGAUUUGACAUUCAUUGAGGAUGGAAUUCCCUCACUUACGCCAUCAGAAUUGAUCAACUUCAACAAGCGGGCCAAGACCGCGGAAGUCAUUCGAGACAUUCAGCAGUAUCAGAAUGUGCCUUAUCUACUCUCACCAGUUCCAGAGCUUCAAGAUUAUAUCCUCAGCAAUCUACAAGCUGCGGGUGAUGUUCAUGACAUGUACGACAGGAGUCUUGAGAUCGAACCUCGAGAACGCGAAGAUGAGAAGAUUGCAAGGUAUGCUGAAUCAUCAAGCAAUAAACACAACACCCAACUUUUUGCAAACACUGUCUCACUUUUACGGUGA